AUGGAAGCGGUCAACGCCCCGCCCCCGCCCCGUUUGGCCGACGCGAGCACGAGCACGAGCACGACCCCGGCAUUCCCGUCCUCGUCUGCUGCACCGCGACCCUCUUCCUCGUCGGCACGCAACGAAACGCCGACUGAAAUACAGUCAAGCACAAGUGCUGCUCGUCACGCCAGUGCUCGAGCUGUACACGAGGGUACAGCGGGUCACUCCGCAGCCUCCACCGUCGACGUCGCCCCUUCGCAGCCUGCUCCUGGCAAGAUCACACUUCUACAGCGACCGACCAAGGCAGAACAAACCGAGCAACGUUCAACUACUUUGAAUGGGCCGUCAGGGAUGACACGGACAGGCGUCUCGAGUCCUUCAUCCUCCACUUCGAGGUCGACCGCGGAUGUUGCCCAGGCUCAAGCCCUCGGCGAAGGUCAGUCAGCUUCGAACCGGCUAACAACACCGUCGCAGAGGAGGUCGUCUCAGAUGGAGGCGCAGCCACGGUCUACGAAUAGCAAGAUCAACUCCAGACCCGCUUCGGAGGACGGGUAUCUAGACGCAGACGGCUCGAGCGACGGCGGGCCCGAACGACCGAGGACUCCGUCAGCGACCUCGUCCACCUCUGAGCUCGACCCCUCAGAUCCUGCGACAUCUUCAGCCCCACCACUCGAUUCGAGAACACGCGAGCCCACUAUCACCGCCGAAGGUGCAGAUUCGACGUCUGACGAAGGAGCUCCCGUCCUGGACCACGUCCUGCUCUCGGCGUUGCAGCACCCGCGGGACCGUAUCCUCUUACUGCGAGCAGAGGUCGAAAUGGAGCGAUUCGUCUCGCAUCCUUCGUGAGUGUUCUUUCCGAGAAUGCCAGUGCUCUGUUGCAUCUUGGUGCGAAUCAAGGAUGGAGCUAACGCUUUUUUUUCAAACGACUUUCAUCACAGCGCAAGUCGACUCCCGCUCUCGCCUCCUCACUUUCAACCCAACCUCAAUUCGUAUCAGCGAUUGCUCAUUCACCGCCUCGCGGACAUAUUCGGCAUUACCCGUGAAGUCGAAGCCGUCCCGCAGCAGAACUGGGGUCCUCCUGGGGCCCCAGUACCAGGAAUCGUCGUGCUUGUUAAAGGCCCUGCGACCAAACUGUAAGCCCCGUCAAGCUCAUAGCGCUGCAGAUCGAAUAUGAAGACAUAAUGAUCUAACGAGCACCAUUCCUAAAAGGCCCACCUGCAAACUGGCGUCUAUCGUAGCCCCGCCUUCGACGACAGCGACCAGUUCUAUAGCCCCUGCUUUGGUCCAAGCAAUCGUAUUAUCGAACGAGAGCUCGACAUCGACCGCUUGUCAUUCCAGUGAUUCCGAGUCCCCCGCUCGAGGAGGCUCUCCUUCGUCAUCAUGUUCGAAUGUUGCACCGCCGCCUGCUCAGCCUCAGGUGUUCAAGAUCUUGCCUCGGUCGGCGCACAAAGCUGGAUCGACGGCCUCGUCACCGGCCGCGGCAGACGACGACUCAACUGGCCGCGGGAAAGCUCGUAGGGAACUCACACUGGAGGAACGGGAGGCUGCGUACCGUGAAGCUCGUGAGCGCAUCUUUGCCCAACAAGCCGAAACCAAACCUGCAGCUUCGACAUCGACACAACCCGCCUCGAUCGUCGUAGACGCGCCGCCGGGUCUGGCGCGGCCGAGCUCGGCUGGAUCGACGUACUCUCGAGGCAGUGCUGCUGCAUCGAUCUCGGGCAGCCGGGCCGAGUCGACGACGUCGAGCUACCACUCUGGAUACCAUCCGGGCCCUGCCUCCUCUGCGUCGAUAUUCUACCCGAUCCCGUCGUCGUCGUCGUCAUCCUCAUCUCUGCUGUCUCGCUCAAGUUGGGCCCCUUCGCUGAGACCGUCGGCCCCGAGUUUCGACCCCAGCCUUGGAUGGAAUUCACAGGGAUACGAACAUGACCCAUACCAGCAGCCAUACUACUACGGUGGUGGUCCCGGCGCGUCGGCUGGUCUGGCGCCGCCAAAUCAAGUCCACAAUCAACCUCCUAGCCACACGUCCAGUCCCUUGAUGAAUCCCUACGUCCACUCACCUCCUCCUCCACCACUCCCUCAUCCGAACCAUGCGCCGUACCCUCAUCCCACCUUCGCAACAGUUCCACCACCUGAAGCCUAUAGUAGUGGUUCGGCAGCAUCAGCUUGGGCGACACCCCGACCGCCGCAUGCUCUACCUUCACCUUCGCUGUCCACCAGCUCGGGCAGCUCAUACCAGUCGAUGGGUUUGAACAACAAAUUGGCUCCCGGAGGCUCAAACCAGCGACCGGGUCACGACGGCGGUUAUCUGAUGCGGUUCCCCGAAGGAGGGAUCGUACCCUACCAGGGGUCCUCGCUCAAGAGUGGGAGUACCAACAGUUCCCAAGCGUCUCUGAACUCGACUGGCCAAGGCUCAGCGGCGGCUCGACCUUCCGAAACGACAAGAUCGAACGUUGCUUCCCGAAACGGCGAACGGAUGGCUAGUUCGGCGAGCGUGCAGUCGCUCAAUGCAAGGCCUCACAGUUCUGCGGCAUCGGUCGAGAGCUGUAGCAGCGGCAACGGGAAGGCUACAAAGACGCUUCUUCGAGAAGGAACGGUUAAGGGUAAAGGCAAGGAACAAGCGGGUGAAGUGGUCGACACGCCUUCGGACGCUUUGUCGGCAUCGAACUUGAAGAGUUUGCACCCAAGCUUGCCCGUCAAGCCUGAAUGGCCAUCGAAUUCGAACGGCGGGCAUCGCGCUUUGCCCGAUGCGCCUUCGCAAUCUAGUUCGACCGACUUGGCUCCUUCGGCUCAGCCACCUGCGACAAUGCGAGCCGGUCCCAACACAGCCUACACGACCGCGCCACCGCAUGUCCAUCCAGCCUCGUUCCGUCCUCCCCCACCGAACGUGGAGCCUCCUCAGGCCUACGCAGCGGCAUCGAACGGGUAUCAACCCCCCGAGUGGUACUCUACAUACCCCCACGGAUCCACACCACCCUACACAGGCGGUCCAGGUUACCCCUUCUACCCUGAGCAUCGAGGAGGCAUCUUACCCGGCAUCGGAGGGUCUUCCUUUCCCAUCGCUGCCCCGAGCUCAUCCCUCCUCCCGAACAACGAAAUGCGACGACCACCCCCUCGGUCGACGGAGUUGUUCGAUCCUAGUAAGCCUUUGAGUGCUACGAGCAAUGCGGCGGGGACGAGACCUAGUCGUGGGAGGGGGGCGAUGAUCCGUGGAGGUCGACCUGGACAGCCUACGGAAGGAUUGAGGUUGUAG